AGGGCACUGGCUGGCGGUCCUCACCCGUAUCCACUACAGGCGGUCGUGGCGCUUGUGGCGGUGGUGGCGGCGGCAGCGUUUCUGUUGCCUAAACUCUCCCGCCCACAUCAGAUUAUCGUAUUUUUGUUUCCUCCACAUCCCAGAGGACGGCUGUCAUAGCGAGGAUGCGUGAAGAAUUUGUGUUGCGGUUAGCGGUGGUGGCGGCGGUGGUGGUGAUGGUGGCGGCGGCGACGGCGUCAGAUGCAGAGACGUGGAAGGAGAGACGAAUGACACCCGAGGAGCGGAAGGCUGUGAUGGAGAGGCUACAGAGGGACCACAGCAGUAAAGUCCCGCCGUGCAUACCCCCCGAGAAUCCCCCGACCAUGCCGCUGCCAACGCUUCCCCACUCCUUCACUACGGAGCUCGAGCUGACUCACCAGGAGGAGGAUAAGCAAAAGGUGCUGUACGGCGCCGAGGCCUUCGACAGGAAGCUCAACAUGGGCAUCUUGCGUUAUGAGCUGAGGGAGGGAAUCGUCGCCGACCGGCCGUACGAUAAGCAGGAGAUCAUCCACUACAGCCUGACCAAGGACGAGGCGCUCAUCAUCACCACAGACACCACCUGCGAGGACGAAGGCGCCGGCAACUGCGACCCAAAGAAGUCGUGUAAGGCCAAAACACUCGACGCAAUCCACGUGGAGUUGUGGCAGCUCUUUGGCCUGGGCGAGGCGGACGGCAACACGGGCUACUACGGCAUCAGCGGCAUCCUGGAGUGGGCGACGCAGAACACCUACGAGUACAGCGGCAGGACGAGUUGCCGCGGCAUAGAUUGCGAAAAGUUCGACGUGUGCAUCAAGAGCAAGGAGGGCAACACGGCGCUCAUCACCUACUACUGGCCAUUGGCCAAAUGGACCAUAGACGGCAACGACGGUCAGGUGCCCCUCGCCAUCGAAGUCAUAUCCGACGGCAGGGUGGAACCUUACUUCACGAGGAGCGUCAUGCAGCGCUACGACUUCUACGAGUUCUACAGCAACAUUCGGCCCAGCAUCGACAUCCUCGAGCCUCCCGCAGACGUGUAUUGCAAGGGCCGCGUCAGCCAGUACGAGCCGCCCAAGAUGCCGCGUUUCUUCUCCUACAACUCCGAGACCGUCACGCCCUUCACUCUCUCCCUCCCCAACGGCGAAAACCAGACCCAUAACGUGGAGUUCACCGUCGCCUUCACCCACUACGGUUACUACGACUGGGAUUCGAAAAUCUCCAUGAUCGAUUUCGUGCCGUGGUACAUCUUCGGCCAGGAGUACCGUUACGAGCUUGAGACGAGACGCAUUCAAGACUUCACCCAAGGCCUGACCUACGACGUGUACAAGCACCUGAGGGUCUGCGACAUGCACCCCAUCGAGAACUUCACGAACAUCGGGGACGUGAUGGUGGGCGAGAACGGCACCGUCAGUCUGCUCCCGCCAUGGCUCUUCGUGGACCUGGACGAGCCGUGGCAGUACAACGGAUUGCACGAUGCGCGAGGGUUGGAUGCCGACGUGUGGGUGGGCCAGAAGGAGCUCCUGGGCUUCCUGCUAAAGGAAAACUACGUCGCCUACUACGCCUCCCCUCUGGUGUUUGACGAGCCCAUCAGGAGUCCGUUAGGCACUGCCCAGGACACCCGGGGGCCAGGGGCAAUGAAGGGCGGGGCCGGCGAGAUGCCAGGGGCGGGGCAAACCAGGAAGAAAACUGCUCGUGAUUAUGUGUCCCUGGACUCGGUUCCCAUGAAGCUUGAGCGGUACCUCAACAUCGCAGCGGGUCUUCCCCAUCUCAUCAGCAACAUCUUCGACUACCAGACGCAGCCACCCUUCACGCAUUCCAUCGACAUCUCCCUCUGCUACAAAGGCGCCAGGAAGAGAGAUUUCCUGAUGGAGUUGCCUUCAGACGCCAUGGAGCAGGUGAAGGGCCUGGAAGACAACCUCCUUCACGCCACGCAGUUGGCCUUGGCGGAGGUGGGGGUGGUCUCGCCGCUCAGGAUAAACAAAGAAGUGAUGGAGUACAGGAACGGCAAGACGUACGUGCUCUUCACCAUCCUGCCGCUGCCCAGUGUGGUCGGCGACGCGCCCGGGGCCAAGCUUGAGAAUGACCUCGACACGGCCGCCAACCUCAUCGUCUCCACCGUCGCCAGCUCGAAGAUGAUCAUCAUCGUCCACCUCGAAGGGAUCUACCAAUCGGUGGAGCCGGUGUACGUCAUCCUGCACGCCAAGUCGAUCAGAGAGGUGACGAGGGCCGAAGACGACACCUACACCUUCACCACUGACCAAGGCUAUGGCCCAGGGGACAUGGCCGGGCUGGCGAUCGGGCUUCUGGUGGUGGGCGUGCUGGUGGGCGUGGUGGUGUGCAUGGCGUGGCAGCGACGCGAGGGGACCCAGUCGGGCCUGCCCAGGGUCACCAUGGCUCGCAAGUCGCCACUCUCGCCCUCCAACACCAUCAACAUCAACUCGGACAUGACGGCAUCUGAUAUUUAGUGGCGGUUCUGAGUUUGACGUGCGUGUGUGUGUGUGUGUGUGUGUGUGUGUGUGUGAACCGUAAAUAGGUGGCCAGUAGGUGAUAAGGGACCGUCUCAUGGAGGUGUUAAUAUUAUAAUACUAGUAAGUAACAUCACCAAUACGGAUAAAACUGUUAAUACCUCCGUUAGCCCUCCCAACUCAAGGCCCUGAUGUAUGUGUGUAAUAUGUUAAUUAAGGCCACAUACAUCACAAUUAAUUUGCAAGUCAACAUUAUAUUUCUAGUCUAGUUAUUAUAGUACUUAAUAUACGCUUUUUUUUAGUUUAUGUAUGUGAAAGCUGUCUUGUUGCCCGAAGUAUUUCUCUGAUAUUUUCUAUAAAUUCACUUCAGGUCACAUAAUCAAAUGUUUCGGCAAAUUCAUGAGUUCACGUCUUAUUGUAGAUCUGAUAAAAUAUUGUACUAAGACAUAAUAAAUACCCAUAGUAGA